AGAAUGCUCAGACCGGAAGUUGUGAGGUGGCCGUGGUUGCGGGUCAGGGUUCGGGUCUUGGUGAGGCAGUAAACCCCACCGAACCGGACCUGACCUGGUUCUGGGAGGAUGGAGAUGUUCAGCAAGCUGAGCGGCAUGCUGCUGAACGCGCUGGAGACGAGAGAGCCGACCGCCGACCUGCUGGACUCCUUCAUCGACCACUGGAGGUCCAUCACCAACUACUACAUUCAGACCACAGAUGACAGCCGCCCCGCCUCUCAGACCGACAUCCCGUGGCGUCUCAGGCAGAUGACCGACAUCCUGGUGUAUGAGGAGAAGCAGCAGGAGGAACCGGGUCGCUGCCUGGAGUUCCUGCUGCAGAACCGGCUGCUGGAGACGCUCUGCACCUUGGGGAAGGCUCAGUACCCUCCAGGGAUGAGCCAGCAGGUGCUGCUCUUCUUCUCCAGGCUGCUGUCUCGGAUGCAGAAGCCUCUGCUGCAGCUGGUCCCCAUCCGCACACCUGUACAGAAGCUGAUUGGCCUCUGUGCUCUUCCUGGUUCCUGCACUGAGAAGGAGGAAGCUCAGUUUUUAUUGGCUGUUUGCUCCAGAGUGUCACAGGAUCCGCACAUGCUCAGAUACAUCCUGCAGCCCCCAGACAGACUGGUGGCGUCCAAUCAGAGCCCAGAUGCAGCCAGCAGCCAAUCAGAAGCCUCUGCCUCCAGCGCUGUCCAAUCAGAGCGUGGGCUGCUGUGGGUUCUGCUGCAGCUCAGCAGCAGCCAGAGGCCUGCGGUGCGUCUCAAGGCCUGUGAGGGUCUGCUGCAGCUGGCGUCCCUCCUGGAUGUUGGUCCUCCAUGUCCUCCAGGUCCUCCGUGUCCUCCAGGUUCUCCAGGUCCUCCAGGGGAGCUGCAGGCCGCUGCAGCCCAGCUGGGGCAGCUGCUGGCUGGGCGGCUGCAGGAGCUCUACUCCCUGCUGCCUCUGGAGGAGCUGCAGGCUGCUGAGCUCAGGAGCUGGCCCCGCCCCUCGUGGAGGUCAGAGUCUCAAGCAGAUCACAUGACCCGUUUUCUCACCUGGUUCGACUUCCUGGAUGAGCUGACGGCCGACGCUCCUCAGGCGCUGUCCCAGUGUGUCCUCCAGCGGUGGCUCAUUGAGACUCUUCGUCCUCAGCUGCUGAAUGCGUGCAAUUGGAGCGUCUUGGCGUCCACCUCCGUCCUCUGCUGCGUCGUCAGACUGGUCCGGUCUCCGUCUCUGCUGGACCAGCUUCUGGACUUCCUGCUGAGGACGCCGUCCGUGCUGCGGCCGCUGCUGCAGCGCUGCGACCACGCCUCCGACCAGAUCAGCGUGGCGUCUCUGUCUCUGGUGGACGAACUGCUGCAGAAGCCUCACAGGGACGUCCUGGACACGCUGGUGCUCGGCUUCCUGCAGAGCCGCCGUUACCUGUCCUCACCCGCGGGGGGCGCCGAGGACCGGGAGCCCGACAGUGACGGCAGCGACGACGGCCGGGACCUGGAGGAUGACCCGUUCUUCUCAGACGGUUUCCCUGACGACCACCUUCCCCCUCCUCGUCUUCGUCAGCCUGCUGCUCCGGGCUCUGCCGCUGACAUCAUCAACAGUUUCCUGGGCCUGGUUCCGGUCCAGGUGCGGUCGGCCCACCUGCUGCAGGACGGAGGCUACGAGUCGUACGUCCUCGAGGCGCGCUCCUUGGUGAGCCAGUGCCAGGCUCUAUCUCUCCAGUGGGCGUGGCCACAGACUCCUCCUCCGCCUCCCACCUGCUCCUCAGGUGAGGAGGCACACUUCUUCGAAGGCCACCUACUGAGAGUUCUGUUUGAACGUCUGGGACGCAUGCUGCAGCAGCAGCCGUACGAGGUGAACCUGCAGCUGACGGCUGUCCUGUCCCGUCUGUGCGCCUUCAGCCACCCGCUGCUGGACGAGUACCUGCUGGACCCGUUCGUCCACCUGUCCGCCGGCAGCCGCUCGCUGUUCGCCGUCCUGGUCAGGGUGGUGGGAGAGCUGAUGGAGCGCAUCCAGCAGGUAGUUGACCUGCCGCAGCGCCUGCUGGACACCAGGAGACGCCUGCUGGGACUCCACCUGGACGCCAGACCGGAGCACCCGGCUCUGCUCCAGGGCGUCAUCGUCCUGGAGGAGUUCUGCAAGGAGCUGGCGGCCAUCGCCUUCGUCAAGAUGCCUCUGGACCGGAACCACGACCGCUUCUGCUCAGGGCCCGGGUCAGUCGGACCGGAACCGGCUGAACGAUCCUGAUUGGACGCUGAUCGGCAUCUGCUCCUGCCCACUCCCCCUGCAGCCAGUCGGAGCAGAGGAAUGGGAUGGAAGCUCAUUGGAUAUUUUCCUCAUUACUUCCGUCAGAGCCAGCUGAACCGAUCACUAUUGAUCACUAUUGAUCAGAACUGAUCAGAAAAUGGUUUAACAUAAAGAGUUUUACUUAUUUUAGCUUCACAAAGUUCUGCUGUUAGCCAAACAUCAAACGGGAGACGAAGGAAACUGCUGCAGAGGAGACAGAAGAACCUCUGGACACUCGGACUUCUGGACACUCGGACCUUUGGUCGGUCGGACCUCUGGACACUCGGACCUUUGGUCGGUCGGUCGGUUGCCAGUGUGACGGAGUGUUUCUUCAUUUCGGGGCUGAAUGAAUCAGAACCGUUGUGUUCAGGUUCUGGUGCUGUUCUAGUUGCGGUCAGCGGGGGGCGCUGUUGCUCAUCCAGCUGUUUCCUGUCAUGUGACAUGACGUUCUGGCUGUAUUGCUAUAAGUUCUUUAUAUUCCCACCAAGGUCAAACUAUUCUGGUCACGUUUACGAUGUUGCUCGUUGGUUUUCCAGCUGCAUGGGAACCAAACUGUUUCCAGGCUUUGGAUCUUUUAUCUCUUUGUAUAAAACCCAAGUGUUGGUUCUGCCUGGCAGAGCUUUUCAUCCAGACCUGCUCCAUUAUUGAUUAUCCUACAUCAUCUCUGUGUUGUGCUCAAUUUAUGAAUAAACCUGAUUUUAUCUGA